AUGCCAUGGACCACCGGCAAAAGAGAGUUUCGUUCACCCGUGAACCCAAGCUCUACCGGAGGACUUGCCAUGGUCAUUGGUGGGGUUGACAGGUUGCAACUCGUAUUAUUUGUCCAUUCAAGUGGCUAUUCAUGUGCUGGAGAAGAAUUUGUUGCUGACUCUCCCCCCACGCAUGUCAAAUGUAUAAAUAGGGGAGCUGGAUAUAAUUUAGUCCCUCUAGUUAGUCAAUUGAUAAUGUCUGAGAAAAAAGCAUUGGAAAACGAACAUUUGAUAAACGAAGCGCUUGUGCAACCUCCAAGCGGCUUUUUGGAAAGACAUCCUUCCAAACCUUACCUGACUUCUUUGGAUGAAUACAAAAAACUGUACGAGGAGUCCAUCAAAGACCCUGGCUCCUUUUUUGGUAGGAUGGCCCAACAAAAUUUGAGUUGGUUCAGACCAUUCUCCGUCCCCAAAAUCCCCGCUGCCCCUCACUUUGAUGACAACAAUGGAGAGGGAUCUGCUUGGUUUGUGGACGGCCAGAUUAAUGCCUCGUACAAUUGUGUGGAUAGAUGGGCCAUUAAGAAUCCAAACAAGCCUGCUAUUAUUUUUGAGGCUGAUGAACCCGACCAAGGACGCAUCAUCACCUACGGAGAGCUUCUAAAAGAGGUCUGCAAGGUUUCGAAUGUCCUUCUGAACCUCGGCGUCAAAAAGGGAGACACCGUCGCAGUCUACUUGCCAAUGAUCCCCGAGGCUAUUAUUACCUUAAUGGCCAUCACCAGAAUCGGAGCCAUCCAUUCUGUGGUUUUUGCCGGGUUCAGUUCUGGAUCGCUUAGAGACAGAAUCAAUGAUGCCAACUCCAAGGUCGUGAUCACCACAGACGAGUCGAAAAGAGGGGGUAAAAUCAUCGAGACCAAGAAAAUCGUCGACGAUGCCCUUCUGGCCUGUCCUCAGGUCACCAAUGUUCUGGUUUUCAAACGUACUGGAAAUUCUUAUAUCCCUUGGACAUCGGGAAGAGACUUGUGGUGGCACGAAGAAGUUGCAAAGUACCCUUCAUUCCUCCCAGCUACCCCUGUUUCCUCAGAAGACACGCUCUUCCUCCUCUACACAUCGGGAUCAACAGGAAAACCUAAAGGUAUCCAACAUUCAACAGCCGGUUACUUGUUGGGAGCUCUUCUGACUACUAAGUAUGUGUUUGAUGUGCACCCAGAAGACAUUCUUUUCACGGCAGGAGAUGUUGGAUGGAUCACUGGCCAUUCGUACGUGGUUUACGGCCCGCUUCUUAACGGGGCCACCACAGUGGUGUUCGAAGGAACUCCAGCCUAUCCAAACUACUCACGUUACUGGGAAAUCGUUGAUAAGUACAAGGUGACUCAGUUCUACGUUGCUCCAACUGCGCUCAGACUUCUCAAGAGGGCAGGCGAGUCCUACAUCGAGCCAUAUUCUCUUGAAUCGUUGAGAGUUCUGGGAUCUGUUGGAGAACCAAUUGCCAAAGAUGUCUGGGAGUGGUAUAACACAUUCAUUGGUAGAGGAAAAGCGCAUAUUUGCGACACUUAUUGGCAAACCGAGUCUGGCUCCCAUUUGAUCACUCCUUUGGCCGGAGUUACCCCAACAAAGCCUGGAUCUGCAUCGUUGCCGUUCUUUGGAAUCGACCCGGCCAUCAUUGACCCUGUCAGUGGCCAAGAGCUCCAUGACAAUGGUGUUGAAGGUGUUCUUGCUAUCAGAUCCCCGUGGCCAUCUAUGGCAAGAUCUAUUUGGAAUGAUUACAAUAGAUUCUUGGACACAUAUUUAAGACCAUACAAUGGAUAUUACUUCUCUGGAGAUGGAGCUGCCAGAGAUAAAGAUGGAUUCUACUGGAUCUUGGGAAGAGUGGACGAUGUGGUCAAUGUUUCUGGACACAGACUGUCUACUGCAGAGAUUGAGGCUGCUUUGAUUGAGCAUUCUCUGGUUGCAGAAUCUGCAGUCGUUGGAUUCCCUGACGAAUUAACGGGUUCUGCCGUUGCUGCUUUUGUUGCUUUGAAAAGGAAAAACAUCGAAGAUACUGUGGCCUUGAAAAAAGAGCUGGUUCUUACUGUCCGGAAGGAAAUUGGGCCUUUUGCUUCUCCAAAGCUAAUAUUAUUGGUUAAUGACCUGCCUAAAACAAGAUCGGGCAAGAUAAUGAGACGGAUCUUGAGAAAAAUUCUUUCCGGAGAAGAGGACCAGCUGGGUGAUAUCUCAACUCUGACUCUAAGAACUUUAACAGCAAGCUCUCUUGUUACAUGUAUGGAAAACUCUCAAGUUGAGGCUACUCAUUUCGAUGUUGAGUUUAAAGCAAAUGAUGGAGGUGGGGCCUCGGUCGAAUACGACAUCUCGCUAAACUCGGAAAUCUCUGACGAACAAAUAUUGGCGGAAAUUUACGUCUACGCCUAUGGUAUCAAGGUGGCAAACAGAAGAGUUGAUUUCUGUGAUAUUGGCUGGAAACAGUUCUGUCCAAUGUAUCCUGGAACCAUAGAGGUUAACUCUAUUCAAUAUCUGUCGAAGUCCUUUACUGACAUGAUUCCAGGAAUUGCUUAUACAUUUCCGGAUAUUGAUGCCCUGGUCAGAGUGAUUGUUCUAAGUGAGAACAACACACAAAUCGGUUGUAUUCAAGCUUCUUUCUCGAACGGGAAGACUGUGGCGCAUGUGGGUGCUAAAUGGGCCACCGCUGUUGUUUCGGGAAUUGGUCUUCUCGUUUCUGCCGUGUUGUCCGCGUUCGGAAACUCGUCUUCGGCUUCCAUCAUUUCAGCUAACGCUUUCUCACUGUUUUCGUACUUCCAAAGUACCGUUAUAUUGUGCAUGUUGCACGUUCAAGAGGUUCCUCCAAUUGUCAGCGGAUGGGCUGAGAAUUUGGCUUGGUCUAUGGGAUUGAUUAGGGUCACUUUCAUGCAACAAAUCUUCAGAUGGUACAUCCAGGCUACGGGAGGAACACCAACCCAAUACCUCACGUCUUCGUCUGUCUCUGUUCUGGUUCAAAGAUCUUUGAAUCAAGGAAAGAAAUUUGCUACCAAGUUUGUCCCAUUCUACCCAUUAGUUUCAUACUUCUUCCCCAGCCUAUCUCCUGUGCAAACAGACUACUACCAAGACAUUCAAGCAAGAUCAAAUGACCUUUACAAUCUACAUGGUGACCAAUACCUCAAGAUUUUAAGAGGUGUUGAAAGAGUUGGAUACCAAGCAAACAUUGAACCUACGUCGAUUGUUUGUACGGGAUUCACCUUUUUCACUCUAUUCCUUUACGUCCUUGUUGGACUCUUCAUGGUGACAAAGACCACAAUGGCCUUUGGCAGGAGACAUGGCUGGUCGAGAACAAUCGACAUGAAUAAAAACUGGAGAGUGGUUUUGAAAGGAAUUCUGCAAAGAUACAUUUAUAUCGGAUUCCCUCAGCUUGUCAUUUUAUCUCUCUGGGAAUUCACUGUGGUUGAUUCCGCAGCUGUGGUUGUUCUGGCUGUGAUUUUCUUGAUUUUGUGUUUGGGAAUCAUGGGUUGGGUCUGUUACAGAACCUUGAUGUUCGGUUCUGUCUCUGUUGAGACUCAUAACAAUGCCGCUGCAAUUCUGUACGGAAAUCCAAACGUGCUGAACCGUUACGGAUUUUUCUACACGAUGUUUGAUGCCAAAAAAUACUACUGGGGAGCUGUCAGUCUGACAUACUUGUUCGCCAAAGCCCUGUUUGUUGCUCUUGCUCAAAAAUCUGGAAAGACACAAGCACUGGUGAUUUUCAUUUUGGAUUUGGUCUACACCGCGGGGUUGAUCAAGAAGAGACCAUUUUUGGAUAAACCUACCAAUAUCGUGAACAUUCUUAUGAGUGUUGUGAACACAAUCAACUCAUUCUUCUUUAUGUUCUUCUCGGAAUUGUUUGGUCAAGCCAGUGCUGUUGGAUCGAUCAUGGGACUGGUUUUCUUUGUUCUAAAUGCUGUGUUUUCGUUUUUGCUUUUGAUCAUGAUCAUCACAUACUCCUGCAUUGCUAUCUUUUCCAAAAACCCGGACGCAAGAUUCUCUCCGGCAAAGGAUGAUAGAACAUCUUUCCAAAAGAGUCAAUACAACAAAGAGAUCCCAGAAGGAGCACAGGAAUUGUUUGAACUGGGGCAAGUCGCAAAGGAUCAUCAGGACAACUGGGCUAAUGAGAUGUAUAAGCUCAAGGCCAUGGUCGACUCUUCUGACGCUAAUCUUUACUCUGAGAAGAAAUCAGAUGACACAGACAAGCCUUUGGAGCUUACGCAAGAAGAGGAGGCUUCCUUUGGUGCCAAACUUAUGCACAAGCUUACUGGUGGUAAGUCACUUCUACGCCGCAGUAAGAAGUCGCAGUUGAAGAGCGAGGUUACCAAUCCUGAUGCAUCUUUUGCGGAUGCCUCUGCUUCAAAAGAGCUCCCAGAUCUCCCGAAGACUACUCUCGAGCCCCCUGCAAUUCAUGCCAGAUCGGAGUCUAACACGCCAAUUAUGCAAUCAGAUAGUGAGGUCUUCCAGACUCCUUCGUCGACGAUGCACCACGAGGACAGCUUCAGAAGUGCCUCUGACUUUGGAUCUGACGCCGACUUCAACUCUCCUGCACAGCCUUUCGAUUCGACUGAUUUGGUUUUUGAUGGCGGAGGCAUCGUUUGUGGUGAUAGAAGCAGCAAUAACUGGUCUGGAAACACCACAAGCUCUACCCAAAGCGGUCUUGGAAGGAACAAAAACGUAUGGAACGUUCUUGUCCUCGCACAAAAGAGGCAAGUGCAAAAGAAUCUCAAUAGGCUCGGUGUCGGCGGCCAUGAUGAUGAACUCGGAAAUACCUCUGUUCAAAGUCUUGGUGGUCUCGUUAGCACCCUUCUUGAGUUGUCUCAAGUUUUGAGCUUGUUGAACAACAUCAAGAAUCUGUUGGGUGAGGUUAGAGUCGGACAAAGGAAAAGCUUUUGGGUUUGGUGCGGCAGACAUGAUUCAAUAAAGGUUCCUUGCAAUGCGGAUUAUGAUAAGCUCGCCUUUACUUAG